GAGCGCGAGCGGCCCCGGGCGGCCUUUGGGGCGAGGAUGGCGGCACACAGGGGGGGCUGCGGCGAGCGCCUGGAGAACACGAUGGAGGCCUUUGAGAACGCGGUGGCGCAGGGCGCGGAGCUGCUGGAGCUGGACUGCCGGCGGACACGGGACGGGGCCGUGGUGCUGAGCCACGACCGGGGGCUGCGGCGCCAGGCGGGGCUGGACCGGGACCUGCGGGACUUGGACUACGAGGAGCUGCCGCCCUACAAGGAGACGCUGGAGGUGACGUUUGCGCCCGGGUGCUACUCGCAGGGCCGCGACCGCCGCAUGCCGCGCCUGGACGAGGUCUUUGCCCGCUUCCCGCACGUGGCUGUCAGUGUCGAGAUCAAGGACGACGACGACGAGCUCAUCCAGAAGGUGGCGGAGCUGGUGCGGCGCCACGACCGCGCUGCCAUCACCCUCUGGGCCUCCUUCAACGACCGCAUCCUGCGCAAGUGCCGGGCGGCGCACCCCGGGAUGCCGUACGGCUUCUCACCGCGGCGGGCACUGCUGGUGCUCGCCAUGCACUACCUGGGGCUGCUGCCACUGCUGCCCCUGGGGGAGGCGGCGCUGCUGGGACCCCUGCCCGGCAUCAUCAACAGGACAUAUUUCCCGGUGCCCAAGGGAAUCCUGGGGCAGGCGCUUGCCCUGCUGGCUGACAAGUUCAUCAUGACCAAGGGGCUGCUGCAGCACCUGCGGGAGCGUGACAUCCAGGUGGUGCUGUGGGUGCUGAAUGAGGAGCGUGACUUUGCCGACGCCUUCGCCCGUGGCGCCAGCGGUGUGAUGACCGACUACCCGGGGCGGCUGCGGCGAUACCUGGACGCCCACCCCCAGCCCUGACCAGUACGGACCAGUACAGACCACUACGGACCACUACAGACCAGUACAAACCACUACAACCCAUUAAAGACCCGACCCGACCCAA